AUGAGAAGCGCCAUCCCGUGGGCGGCCUUGGGCCUGGGCUUGAUCCCGCUCUCAGGGGCUGCUGCCACGCCCGCAGCGUCGGCCCCCCUAGCCCUCGUCUCGGUGACCAUCCCCUCGGGCACCAUCGUCGGCAGCGCAGCCAACGGCGUGGAAUCCUUCAAUGGCAUCCCGUACGCCGACCCCCCGGAAAAGGAGCUGCGGAUGAGGCCGCCGCAGAAGCUGUCGACUCCCCUGGGCACGUUCAACGCCACGCGCAAGGCGAAGCUGUGUCCCCAGGGUCCCAUCUUCGACCUGUCCUUGGUCCUGAACCCCCCCUUGGCGGCCGUCGCCACUGAGGCUGUGGUCGAGUCGUUUGGCGUCCCGGCCGCCGACGAGAACCAGUCAGAAGACUGCCUGACCAUCACAAUCACCCGUCCCCUGGACACGCAGGCCAACGCUUCCCUGCCGGUGCUCUUCUACAUCUUCGGAGGGGGCUUCCUCGUCGGCGGGACGUCGUCGGUGACCAACGACCCCGCCAAGUUCGUCAAGGCGGCCGCCGACCUCGGCAAGCCCUUCAUCUUCGCGGCGGUCAACUACCGCGUCGGCGGGUGGGGUUUCAUGCCCGGGGAGGACAUUCUGAACGAGGGGAGCGCCAACGCCGGGCUGCUCGACCAGCGCAUGGGGCUUCAGUGGGUGGCUGACAACAUUGCGGCCUUUGGCGGAAACGCUUCCGAGGUGACCAUCUGGGGGCAGUCCGCCGGCUCCAUCUCCGUCUGGGACCAGCUCGUCAUGUAUGACGGCGAUGCUGACUAUAACGGCCAGCCUCUCUUCCGCGCUGCCAUCAUGAACUCGGGCUCUGUGACGCCUGUCGAUCCCGUGAACUCGACCAAGGCGGAGGAGCUGUAUCAGCAUGUCGUCCAGGUCGCUGGAUGCGAUGGCGCCGACGACUCUCUGAGCUGUCUCCGGAAUCUGACCGACGCCGAGUUCGCUGCAGCAGCCAAUUCUGUUCCCGCGUUGAUAUCGUACGAGUCACUGGCUCUUUCGUAUCUCCCCAGACCGGACGGCACGGUUCUGACGGCGAGUCCUCACGUAUUAGCGCGGGAAGGCAAAUUCCACGCCGUGCCCAUGAUCUUUGGCUCGCAGGAGGAUGAGGGAACGCUAUUCAGCCUCCUCCAAGGGGACAUGGGAACCACGGACAAGAUCACCAACUACCUCGCCGACCUGUACUUCCACAACGCCGACUGGAACCUCGUCCAUGACUUCGUCAGCACUUAUAGCGAACGCCUUGAAGACGGAAGCCCGUAUCGCACGGGUCAGUUCGUGGGCCUGUUCCCCUACGCAGGCAGGAAGAGGAUCGCGUCCAUCCUGGGCGACAUCGUCUUCACUCUAGUCCGCCGCUGGACGCUGGAGAACGUGGCCGCGAACCGCCCUGACGUGUCGGUCUGGUCGUCGUUCGCCUCGUACGACUGGAUGACUGACAAGUUUUUUGGCUUACUCAAAUUUUUUGGCACUCGGCACGGAUCAGACACAGGCGUUUUCUUCGGCGGAGACAACUCGUCUUUCCCCACGCGGACCGGCCGGGCGUAUUACAUCAACUUUCUGUACAAUCUCGAUCCUAAUGUCGGGCUUGAUGCCGGGGUCGAGUGGCCACAGUGGACCGAGGACAAGGAGCUGUUGUGGUAUAAUGCGACGGAGAAUGGGCUUUUGAAGGAUGAUUUCAGGAGCGACAGCUAUGAUUUCAUCAACGAGCACAUCGACUCACUGACAUUUUGA